AGUAAAAAGAUGGGCAACUCAGGCAGUAUGAGCGGGUUGUCCGGAUAUGAGGAGGGUUACCAUCAUCACCCGGGUUAUCAUCACCAUCAUCAGCGUUAUCACGAUGCGAUGCGCGGUGAGGCAGGUAGUGGUAUGUCCUCCUCGUGGAUGGAUUCGUACCAGCGGGAUCAUCACCGGCGUGGUGGACCACGUGACCAUGAGCAGCAGCAGCAGAUCAAGGUGCUGCCGGAUAUACCGGGCAAGGUGGCGAAGCUUCGGUCCACCAACAAUGGUAGCAUACUGCAUGCGGGAGGCACCAUCAGCAAGAACAACCAGGCACUGCAACGCUCGAAAAGCAUCUCGUCGCCAACGUACCAACAGCACCAGCAACAGCAACAACCGGCUAGCUUUAGCGAGUGCGACGAAGAUCUGGAGCUAAGCUCACUCCAACCACCUCGUAUGUUGAUGCAGCGUUCGCGCACACAGCUAAAUCUAAUGCCGCCAGGACUCUCGUCCGGUGGUGGCAAUCGCACUCGUAAUGGGUACGCGUACAACCACGAAGAUGAGACAAGCAGAGGUGGUCCGCCCGGUAGAGGAGACAGACAGGCAACACGGUACGGUGAAGCGAACGGCAAUACGGCCGAAUCGCUCAACUACCGGAAACGGUUCGGUUCCGAGCCAGAUUUACGUUUGUCACUAGUACCACGCAAUGGACAGCCAUCGGAACAAGUGAGCGGCGGCGGUUCACGUAAUCCCAAAAUGGCACAGUCGAAAAUCAUGAAAGGCAAGAACAAAAAGAAGGCGCCGGUACCACCUGUAAUGGAAAAGCGGGACUCCAACAAGGAUGUAGAACGUCAACGCAUCAUCGCCUACUCGCCCAUGCGCAAACCGGGCUCGGACGCAAACACCUCCACCUUGCCAUCGUCCAGUGACGGUAGCUUUAACGUAGCUGCUACGCGCAAACUGCGCCUGUUCAAAACACGCGCCGAAACGAAGAAAACGCCUACGAUAGCGAAGCUGCCGGAAGCAUCCGAUGCCAAAUUUCCCGGCAAGCAUGGUCCAUCGAACGGGCCCGGUAGCGGGUUCAUGCGGUCGGCUGUUCCGCUACAACCGAACGGCUCUGCUCCGCACAUGGUUGCCCACCGCAACGAUAGUGGAUCACCGGAUGACGAGAAGCUCAAGACGGUGCUCGAUCACAUUUCACCCCGCCCGAAUCCGGUAUCAUUCUUUCGGCGCGAGAAAACCUUCGACGCCGGUCUGCUCGGGUUGGAACGGCAGCGUGAAAAUGAACCACGACCAGCAGCAAAGCCAACCAUGUCGCCACCACUUUCCCGUCGCAAAUCGAUCGUAAAGAGCUAUCUCGAGCAGGAGACACCGAUCAAACCAGCGGGUGCUACGAAUCGAACCGAUGCGAAGACACGCCAGCAGGUCGGUACACCGGCGGAAAGCUACCAGCGUAAGCAGGCCCUUGCCGAGGCGCAGCGCAAACAGUCGUCCGCAGCGACGGCCGCCAUUACCGACUUCCAGAAAGAGUUGCAGCUGGCAACGAGACGAAAAACGGGCAACACGGACAAUAGCAAUGGAACGUCACCGGUUACCGGACAGACGAAGCUGCAGCGAGCUGCUGGUGGUGGUGGUGCUGGUGGUGCGGGAAACGAACAGACAAGUUCUCGCUUCUCGCUGCUACCUGCUGUCGGUGGUGGUAAAACCAAACCAACGUCUAACGCGUUGGUAAUUAAUGUAGAACCACCGAAAGAAUUGGAACAGAGUGGAACCGGCACCAAGACGGAUGGAAAGCUGGAUGCACGCGAUUCACCACCACCACCAACACCUCCACCGCCUCCGCCACCACCGAAAACAAGCUUCUACUUCGGUAUGCGGGACGAUCGUCAUCCAACGGAUACGCCGCGAAGAUUUUCCGGUACGAAACGUGCCGAGCCGGCAUUUAUGUCCGAGUCACGGGUCGAUGACAGUGAGGAGAGUGAUCGGGAGGGUGAGACACGUCGGGAGGCACGCCCCCAGCAAGACAUUGACGGGCAAUCGGUGGAGGAGAUUGGACACACACAGAUGGAACUGAUCGAUCAGUUUGCUGCCAGUCUGCUGAACAGCAGUCGGUUUCGUUCAUCCGAUUCGGUCGCAUCAUCCGAGGCAGAUGUGCGAACCGGUCCUGUAAGCACGUGGGAUGAGACGGACGGUCCCGGACAGCAGGAGAUCGCACUGAAGCUGCGGCCAACGCUGCCCCGUAAGCAAUUCGAUAUACCACGGUUUAGUCCGGCCGCUGCCUGGCGUCUGCUAACGACGGAGGAUGAGUUUUGCCGCGAUGCACCAACCGACGGGCUGGGUAGUACCGGCGUUGGUGAAAAGAAAUCCUUCCUGCGUGGUCUCGACCAGGAGCUGGACGUGCCGGAGGAUCGCAUACAGCGUGUCUACCGCGAACCGGUACCAGGGCUGCAAGACAACAAGAGCGGCGACAGUGGAAUAUCGGGCGAUGCCGGCAUACUGGCGGACAUUGGGCAGGAAGCGCUGCCCGUUGCAUCCGGCAAGGAGGAGCGGGCGGGUGAUACGAGCCCGGAAAGUGGGACACAGCUGCACAAGGGUGGUGGUGCCGGUGCUGGCACGGUGAUGCACGGUGGCUGGUCAUCCAGUGCGCUGCUGCUGAUGCCCUGGACACCACAGCAAGAUCUUGACGAUGAUGAGGACGAGGAUGAGGACGAGGAGGACGAACAGGAGGAGGAGGACGAGUUAACGAUGGGCAGUGCAGGUGAAUCAAGGCGGCAUCUGAUCGAGGACGGUGUCGCAUGGGUAAAUGGUGAUGCGCGACCAGACUUUUCCAGCAAAGGCCAUCUGUUUAGCCUAUCCUUACCACGGGAAAAUCAUUUAUCCAUCUACAACGUCGAGUCGGCAGAUGAAAAGGUGGAGAAACACGUGUUUAAUAGUUUGCAAAAGUUUCGCAAAUCAGUAUCGGGUGCGUUCAAACACGACGACACCAGUAGCGGACAGAUGGACACCAACGAUAGCAAUUGGUUCCUCGGUCGGUUAGAUACGAAGCUGACCGGUGGGACAGGCCCGGUAGGAAGUGGACCAGAGAAACGUUCCAAGCUUCUACUACCCGAUGGGCGUGAGCGUGAAAGUGCAGACACCGCUACCGGUGCACCGGUGUCGAUUGGGACACUGGGCCAGCAUAAGCACAGCUCCAUCGGAUAUCUUGUCAGCGGGAAGCAUAUGAUGUAUCUGCCGAAAGAACCCACAAAACUGCACGUUCACACGGGUGACAAAAGCAGUAAGCAGGAUGAGAACAAUAAUCGAAAAAGCUAUCACAACCAGAACGGGCCGGAGAGGCAUGAGAAACCGCUAGCUUCGUCCGGUGUGUCUGUACCGGCGCAAAGGGUUGCGAACGAUAAGGAAAAUCUGCAAGAUCCGGUACCGGUUGCGGCGGCCACCAGUGCCCAAACGCCGAAUGGCGAAUUUGAAAGCUUCCCGGUAAAGCUUACCAACCGGCGGAACCAUCGGUUCACGUUCCAGAGCACGAUACGGCAGAUCGAGAAGCGCCGGGUGGCGGAAAAGUUGUCCCGGGAGGCAGAGAUUAAGGAGGCGAUGCGGUUAAGCGAGCUGGAAGCGAUGCGGCGCGUCGAGGAAGAGUUUCAGAAGAAGCGGGCACGCGAGAAGGCUUCCAUACGGCAUCAGUUGCGUCUGUUCUCGAUGGAGAACCAUCCGGAUCAGCAUCAUCCAGCGAACGAUGGUGAUGGCGAGCAGGACUCGACGGGUGAAACAAAACGAUCGGAUCCGGACGGGGACAGUCUGCCACAUCAGAGCGCCAUCGGCCGUAGUGGUCUUUAUCGGAAGAAGGAAUUCACCGCUAGAGGUAGCAUGGAGCGGCAAUAUAAACGGCCCAGCGUUAUUGCCACUGCUGUCCCGGGCAGCACCAAUCCACAUGCAGGUGGCGAUGAUAUGGAGUUGGAGAAUGAGAUGGAUAUGGUGGAGAAGGUGACGACGGGUGGACGGCGCCGUUACGCGGACGAUGAUGAUGAGGAUGACGAUGGUGAGAGCAGCAGUCUCGGUUACGUGGACACCCGUACACCCUACAUAUCGCGCAUCAUACAGGCGAAGAGUAGUAAAUCGUACGCCAUGAAGAAGUAGGGUCGUCGAAGCUGACUAGACCAAGUCCACCAACAACCAACCAAGUCCACGAUUGCCAUCUAGUCAAACAGUCACUGAUUCGCUAGUGAUCCGCUAGCCUUACCUCAUAGUCCAACCGGCCACCGCCAGGAAAAUUGCUCCACUUGAUAUAGUUUCCGAUAGUGUCUACGUAUCCCGUGGCCAGUAUACAAUGCUUCGUAGCCGAUUAUGCUUGUCCCUAGAUGCAGCCUUGCCAUCCGCGUUACGGUGAGAACACGCAUGAAGCCGUACACCACACAAGGAACAUAACAUUCACACGUUACAUCCCUACAUUUCGAUUCGUUUCUUUAACAACAACAAAAAAGCCAUUUAACUUUGGUUCUGUUUACACCGGAAAAAGCUUUCCCCCCUUUUUAGCCUUAAAGCGACUUCUUUUUUUCCAUACGGUUAAAAUGUAAUUGUGACGAGAUUGUUUAGAAAAUCAGUUUAGACUAUCUUUUAGAAACGUUUUUUUUUGUAACG